AUGCUGGGGGUCUCCAAACGGCGCUGUCGAGAUCCCCAGCCUGCCCUGAGUGUUGGCACCAUGGCUUCCAUCAAUGAAUUGCCCAAUAAUAUCCUCCUGGAGCUGUUCUCCCUGCUUCCAGCCCGGGAGCUCCUGCUCCAUUGCCGGCCUGUCUGCAGCCUGUGGAGAGACCUCAUUGACCUGGUGUCCCUAUGGAAGCUGAAGUGCCAGCGUGAAGGCUUCAUCCCCAAGAAAUGGGGCCAGCCUGUGUCUGACUGGAAGGUUUUCUACUUCCUCUGCAGCCUCCGCAGGAACCUGAUCCGCAACCCCUGUGCUGAAGAAGGCUUUGAGUUUUGGACCCUGGAUGUGAACGGAGGAGAUGAGUGGAAAGUGGAAGACUUGCCUGGGGACCACGGGAGGGUGUUUCCCAACUCCCACGUCAAGAAAUACUUUGUCACGUCUUAUUACACCUGCCUCAAGUCUCAAUUGGUGGACCUGAAAGCUGAGGGAUAUUGGGAAGAGCUAAUGGACCAGACUAGGCCAGACAUCGUGGUCAAAGAUUGGUUUGCUGCCAGACAAGACUGUGGCUGCAAGUAUCAGGUCUGUGUACAGCUCCUGUCUUCAGGGCACGUGCCUCUGGGCACGUUCCAGCCAGAUCCUGUUGCCAUCCAGCAGUGGAGUGAUGCCAAGUGGAGAGAGGUCUCCCACACAUUCUCCAACUACCCACCAGGUGUUCGCUAUAUCUGGUUUCAGCAUGGAGGAGUAGAUACACACUACUGGGCUGGCUGGUAUGGGCCCCGUGUCACCAACAGCAGCAUCACCAUUGGUCCUGAGCUGACCUGA